AUGGAGAAAGCAGAAGGAAGAAACCGAACACCUAUUGCUGAAUUUAUCCUCCUAGGAUUUGGGGAUGUCGGCGAACUGCAGCCUCUGCUCUUCCCCGUGUUUCUGUUGAUCUACUUUGUGACUGUGGCCGGGAACCUCCUCAUCAUUGCGCUCAUUGUCGCUUAUCGGCCCCUUCACACUCCCAUCUCCACCAUCCUGCCCCGGCUGCUGGCCAGUCUCCUGACUGGGGACAGAACCAUCUCUGUUAAGGGCUGCCUGGGGCAAUUUUAUUGGUUCUCUAUCAUGGCAACUACAGAACUUUUGCUGCUCACGGCCAUGUCAUAUGAUCGAUAUCUAGCAAUAUGCCAUCCCCUCCGUUAUGCUGUUCUGAUGAACGGCAGGGUAUGUGCCCAGCUCGUGGCAGGGUCCUGGAUAAGCGGCAUCCUGCUCAGCACCAUAGGAAAUAUAAAUAUUUUCAUGUGGCAAUUAACGUUCUGUGAUUCCAAUGAAAUUGACCAUUUCUUUUGUGAUAUUUCACCCAUUUCAAAGCUUACUUAUGAUGACACCCUGAUUCUGUAUCUGCUGGCAUUUAUUGUCGCUGCCCUGUGGACUCUUGUGCCCUGUCUACUGACUCUGGCAUCCUACGUUUGUAUCAUCAUCAUGAUCCUGAGGAUCCCUUCCACCACCGGGAGGCAAAAGGCCUUUUCCACCUGCUCCUCCCACCUCAUUGUGGUGACACUUUACUAUGGGAUUGUGAUCGCUGUCUAUGUGGUGCCAACUGUUAAUGCUUCCAACGUCCUUCACAAAACAUUCUCCAUCUUCUACACAGUCCUGACUCCCAUGAUCAACCCCAUCAUCUACUGCCUGAGAAACAAGGAGGUCAAGGAUUGUCUGAGAAAAGCCGUUCAUAAAGUGGUUGCCCUUAGAAACAGGCUUGGAAUCUAA